CAGGACACUACGCAGUUGCGUUAUCAGUUCAAAUGCGCCCGCACUUUCCAAGUGAACGCGUCUCUGACGACACAACGCUUGCUCGCCUGUCUGCUUUUCCAUCACGGGUUCAAACGCUAAAGUGGUCGCGGACUACUAACCUCAAGCUACGCCAUGGUGCAGGCCAAAAUUCUCACCGGGUUUUCGAGCUUUCUUGACUGGAAAUCGCUCGAGUUCCAGAAGCCACUACCAAAGGUCAUGAUUUGCAGCCUCUGCGGGGUGGCGUCAAGGUCGACCGUGCUCGCGGACUGCGAGCACACCUUCUGCAAGGAAUGCUACGUGUACCGAGUACUGGACCAGGGACACCCUCGGUGUCCUUUCCAUCAGAAGGACAUUGACCUGGACAACGUCCAGACCUUUGUCUUUACCGAACGCGACGCUAACAACAAUCCAGUUCGCUGUCUCAAUGCUCAUAACGGCUGCGGAUACUUGGGGCCGCUGUGCAGUCUUGAAGACCAUUACCUCAAGGAUUGCAACUUCCACAAAGUCACCUGCAUCUCGUGCAAGCUUCCUGUCCUCCGCAUGGAGAUGUUAGAUCACAUCGCAAACCGAUGUCCCUUCCUUGAAGUCGAUGCUCAUUCCUCCGUUAGCCACGAAAGGGAUACGGCCGAAGACCACAGCACUGUGACUGCGGCAAGCGCCAUCGCCCUGACGAACGUUCUCAAGUGCGCUGUCGAGGACAACACGAAUCUUCUGCUGGAGUCCAUGGAACAAUGCACGAAGGCCCUUAAGUUGACCGAGGGCUUGACGAGUAACCUGAUGACCUCUGUUCAACGUGGCAACCAAGUAGCUAGAAACACUAACAACAUGUUGACUACGUUUGUAGAAGACCGUGCCCGCCGCGAAGAGGUAGAGGCCAUGGAAGCCACGAUCCCGUUCUUCAGGAUCGACGGAAUCUUCUUGUCCAACGGCUCAUGGAAGCACAUCUUUGUCUUCGAUGAUGUUGCUCAAAGAAUAAGGGCUACUUCAAGAAGCCUUACCUUCUUAGCAAAGACUCCUUUCGCUCAAGUCUUGGUCAAUGGAAGUGCAGUUCGCAUGCGCCUGGAUUACGACGCUUCAGGCUACCUAUUCAGCGUUAUGUUUGAAGGGCCUUAUCGGGGCCAGCAACCACCAACGGGAAUGUAUUUUUACAUGGUCAACCAAAAGCAGUUCUACGAUUCUUUGAUACUCUGGCCUGAAGCCUGGGACAUCAGGCAAGACGAGUGGGUUGCACUAAGUUACAAAAGAAAGAUGCGCUUUGGCAACUCGUAUCUGGAAGCAAACGACCUCCUUCUCCAUGAUAAGAUCAUAUUCAUUCUAAAUGUACUCUAGAUUAGCGGUGUCCCUCACCAGGGGACAAAAGUCUGACCUGGAAAUACAGUGUGCUUGUUUGACAAUCCACUUGAAGAAGACACCACAGCUUUGCACUUCUCCAGGACCGGAUCGAAGCCAGCCCUUGCACAUCGCUCUUGAAUUGUCACCUCAAAUUCACCGUAUAUCUUGCUAUAGAAUACAAGCCUUGCUUUUGAAA